UGAAAUCACUACCAUCCACAAGGCAACGUGAGUAGUUGGUAUCUUGGUAUUUGUUUGUUUUCAGAAAUGCUCCAUUCACAAGCCAACAGAAAAAAUAGAAUAAAGGGCAAAAAAAAGCCAAAGCGGAGAGCCUUGAGUCUAAUUCUGAGGCUCUUCCACGCCAAAACUGAGAGAAGAAACACUAAAGAUGGGAGUGAUAAAGACUUCCAUAGGAGAUGCCCUGUUAACAUCGAUGUGGGUGUUUAGCAUGCCACUGCUAAGGAUUUUCACAGGCAAAAUAGCCACUUUCCUCGGUGUUCAAGCCCUGCCUUUGGCUGCUCUCUUCAUCACCACAAGUUUGAUCAGUGCUCUGGUGUCUAUCUUCACCUUGAUUGGAGACGCUUUUGGUGGUGCCAGCUUCAACCCCACAGCUUCUCUCACUUUCUACGCUGCCGGUCUCAGUAAAGACUCCUCCCUCCUUUCCAUGGCCGUACGUUUCCCUGCUCAGGCUGCUGGUGGAGUUGCAGGUGUCAAGGCCAUUUUGGGAGUGAUUCCAGGGGAAUAUAGGAAAAUCAUGAAAGGACCUUCCCUGAAAGUGGAUUUACAUACUGGGGCUAUAGCUGAAGGGCUGUUGACUUUUGGGCUUAGCCUUGCUCUCCUUAUGAUUCUGUUUAGGGGUCCUAAAAACCCAUUGCUUAAGCUUUGGUUAAUGGCUUUAUCAACUGUGGGAUUGGUCAGUGCAGGUUCCAAAUACACUGGACCUUCCAUCAAUCCUGCCAAUGCUUUUGGAUGGGCGUAUGUUAACAAUUGGCAUAAUUCUUGGGAACUUUAUUAUGUUUAUUGGAUUGGCCCUUUGAUUGGGGCAACUUUGGCUGCUUGGGUUUUCAGAUUCCUGCUUUCUCCACCACCAACGAAGGAGAAAAAAGCUUAAUUUAGCUCAAUUGUUUCCAAUUUCUAAUAAAAUUGUUUAGCUUAUUGGUGAUGUUGUGAUGAUCUUAUUGUUGAUCUAAUCAUAUAUCCAAUUAAAAGAAAAAAAGUUUUUUCCAUAAUUUUUUUCCC